AUGGCCCCCUAUACCGACACGGCCAACGCCGCACUCAUCUGGCGCAGUCAGUUCCCCAACGAUGAGGCCUACUUCCGUGCCCUGGCCGAUGCUAAGAUACGGCCGGACGACCAGACCUGCGACCCCUCGCUCUCCCGGAUGUACGCAGAAUGGCUCCGUCUUCUCGCCGACCACCCGGUCUUGAACGCCGACGACCUCUCAAGCGUGGCCGACUCUCAGCUGCCCGCGAGCCUAAGCGAUAUUCCGCUGGACCUCGUCGAGGACAAGAUGGGCAAGUAUAGCAAGCAGUAUGGCCAGUACUUGGCAUCUCUCCAGCCAUCGCCGGCCUCUCAUAAGCCGACAACGGCGGCCGCUCCGUCGUUGUGGGAGGAUGUCUAUUCUGGGCAGCAUCAGGAGCAGCAGCAAGAGGUUAUGUCUCUGUUGAAUCAGAGGCCCGGCAGUGUGCAGAGUGCGUCUCUUGAUGGCCAGCAGAGUAGGGCUCCCUUCAUCUCGCAUGUCGAGCAACAACCCCAAGUGCUGAUCUCAAACGGAGCAGUUCCUCCCACGAUGCCCGCUUCGACCACCCCGAUGCCACGAUACAUGGCGGACCUCGGCAGACGCGCGAAUUCUCCGGCUGCUCCUCUAGCUACUCCUAUCGUCGCCCUCAGCCCCGUCAAUUAUAUCAAGAGGCAAAUAGACGAGGCCAGAGACGCGAUCGAAGAACAGACACGGCUCUUCAAGAAGCACGAAAAGACGUACGCGGACCACGCCCGGCAGGCCUCGGAAUCCCAGCAUCAGAUCUCCUUGACUGUGGCCAGGCUUCUCGAGCAGAACGUGCAAUUGGCCAAGCUGAAGACCAUGCUCGAGAACAAGACCAAGAAUCCUGAACGGGGCGUCGUAGUCGACGAUGACGACGACGACGACGACAAAGACGACAAUGAUGAGGUCCUCCAGUCGUGGCAACCGACCCCGCCGACACCUAACGCCGUCGGAGGAUAUCCCCCGUCCAUGGGUUCCAGUUCGUCAAGCGCCCCCCGGCCCCUCUGUCUCUGA